AUGGCUCCGAAGAAGGACGCAAAGGCCGAUAAGGCUCAAGCCAAGCCCGCCAAAUCCGGAGGCGGCAAGCAGAAGAAAAAGAAGUGGAGCAAGGGAAAGCAGAAGGAGAAGGUGAACAACAUGGUGCUGUUCGACCAGGCCACGUACGACAAGAUGCUCUCCGAAAUCCCCAAGACCAAGCUCAUCACCUCCUCCGUGCUCUGCGACCGCCUGCGCAUCAACGGCUCCUUGGCUCGGCGGGCCAUCAAGGACCUGUUGUCGCGAGGCAGCAUCCGUGUUGUGUCCACGCACGCCACACAGUGCAUCUACACCCGCGCCACCAACACGACCAUUCCCGAGUCUGCGAAGAGCCCCGUGCGAGUUCCUGCGGGUAACCACCUCUCCCGCAUCGCCGACCACUCGUCGCCGUGCGACGGUCUUCCUGCGACGUCUGAGUCGGAUGCGUGCGAUGGCGACUGCCGUGCUGCGAAUAUGUCGCCUCAAGCGAUUACGAACGCGAAGCAAGUGCAGGCGCAGAGGCUGAGAGACUUGCAGUUACAGAAACCGGUCUUGCUGUCACAGAGACCAAGGGAAUGGCAGGCCGACAGUUUGAAAGAUUCUCAAAAUGCACACGGGCCCCUGCCGGCAGUCACGGCGCGCCUUCCGCGGCGUUCAACGGCGGUUUCUGAAGCGUCUCCGUGCACGGGGCCGCCGCCGCGCGUCGCUCAUCCGACGUGGCAGUCGCUGCGGUUGUCGCAGCAGGUGCGGCCGUCGCAAGCAGGAGAGCAGCAAGAGCAGCAUGCGGACGAGCGUCUGUCGCAUCUGUCGCACAUGGGCUUGCGCGAUUCUGCGACGGCGCACGGCGCGCAGCGAGGCGAGGACGUAGACGGGAAGGAAUCCGAAGAGGAGGAGGGAAAGGAUGAGAAAGGCGAGGGGAAGGAGGAGAAGGGGCAUGCCGAUGGUUGGGAGGCGGAAGUGGAGGAGGAGGCAAAGGAGCAAGUUAUCACGCCCGCCUCCCCAUCCUCCCCAUCCGCCCUCUUGUUCUUUCCCCUCUCUCCAUCCCCCCUCUCUCCAUCCCCCCUCCCUCCAUCCCCCCUCUCCCGUCCCCCCCUCUCUUCAUCCCCCCUCUCUCCAUCUUACCUCUCUCAAUCCUUCCUCUCCCGCUUCCCCCUCUCCCAUACCCCACUUAACCCGUCGUUUCUCCCCCCAUCGCCCCUUCUGCCAACUCCCCUUCCGCCAACUCCCCUUCCGCCAACUCCCCUUCCGCCAACUCCCCUUCCGCCAACUCCCCUUCCGCCAACUCCCCUUCCGCCAACUCCCCUUCCCCCACCCUCAUCCGCUUCCAGUAGUUUCCGCCAAUCCGGCCUCACGACGCCGCCCCUCCCCCCUUCAUGCGCGAGCCUUCCCCCUGCCUGCGCGAGCCUCCCCUUUCCGUGCGCGAGCGUUCCCGCUGCUUGCGGAAUCCCAUCCCCCCGUCCCUCUCGCUUUCGGCCUUCGUCAGCGGGAGGUAUAUUCCCUCCAUUUCCCGCUGAUUCACCUUCCCCUGCUUCCCCUGCAGCUGCUGCUGCUGCCACUGCAGCUUCACCUGCUGCUGCUUCUGCCCCGAAAAAGCCAAGCGCCAGCGCCAAUCGCGGCGGAUUGUCUGCUGCUCUGCAGCCGUUGCUGCCCGAGACAGGUUCUGAGCUGGCAACAGGCGCUGACCUGGCAGCAGCUGCUGAUCUGGCAACUUGCGCUGAGCUGGCAGUGCCAAGUGAAGCGCCAGGCAAGCACAGAGACGCACGUGGCUAUCAGGCCAGCCCGUCACACCCAGCUCACUUUAGCAGCACUCAUGGUUCCGAGAUGUUCCAAUACAGUAACAUUCGUUACAAGCACCACUGCUACAGUCCCCAUAAAAUCAGCACUGCAUGUGACCAUAGUGAGGAGCUGUCAGCGUCUUUUCACAGCUCGCCCCUCGUUAGUAGCACAAGCACACCAUUUCACGUGAGCUCAAGCAUUAGGACAUAUCCGCGUUAUAGUGCUGUCAGCAAUCUGGGACCUUUGAUUUCCGGUCCGAGUGUUCAAAGCCGUCCGAUCGAUACCUUCGGGCCUGCAGAAUCUACGGCACAGAUUCGUCUGAGAUGUUCCGAACCUGAUGUGUCGUUUUCCGGUUCGGCCGUUCCAGCACCUUUCCCGUCCACUCCCUUUGAACGCCACGUUAGCAGCUGCCGCGUCAGCUCCACGUCAGCAUCAGCCCCGACAGUCAACGACCUCUUUUUCCACCGCUGGCUCGCUUCCAGGGCUGCCACGUCAGCCAAUACCACGUCAGCAGGUGUCACGUCAGCUUGCAGCGAGGAGAGGAGUCGCGAGCGGAAAUCGCUGCUGAAACGGUCGCUGGUUGGUUCGUUCGAAGAGUCGCUGAUGUGGCAGGCUGCUAUUGGGCAGGAGGAGGGCAGCGGGGUAAAGCACAUCAGUGGGUUUAAAGCCAUGCUAGCCGUGCUGUCGCAGCAGGGAGAAUGGACCGCCGACUCUGUGCGAACCACCUUCUCAGCCUCCUCCCUGCCCUCCUCGCCGUCUCAGCUGUAUGCUGCCAGCAUUGCCGUGGGGGGCGGGCAGGGGGCGGGGGAGAGUAGAGGCAAGGGAGGGGGAGUGGCGGGGCGGGAGGAAACAGACAGGGGCAGGCAGGCUGGUAGGGCUGCUGCUGAAUCUUCCAGUGCGGUUCUCAGUGCUGACGGCCUCAGUUGUGGCAAUCGCACUGCGCCUAUUGCAGUGGAUACAAGAGUCGCGGGUAGGCGCAAGGAAACUCGCAGGGAGCUGCUGUUUGGAGUGGAAGGGGGGACGGGGGCAGAAGCGGCAGCGGCAGCCAAUGAUCGGACUGAAACGAGCUUGUAUGGGGAUAUCCAAAAAGCGGAAACGGAUGGGCGGAAGCAGCAACAGCAACAGCAGCAGGAGCAGGAGCAGCAGAGGCAGAAGCAGAGGGCGAGAGUGCGGGUUCCGACGAAAGGGCGCAUUCAGCUGCUGCUGUCGAACCCUGAGGGCACACCCAUCCACACCUUCUCCUGCUCCUAUGAUCUCUCUGACAUGCCGCCCAACUCCAAGGUGAGAGGCGUGGUGUGA